CUCGCCCUCCUUCAUUUCUCUCUGCCGCACAAACCCCCUGCCUCCAAGGAGAGAGAGAGAGAGAGAGAGAGAGAGAGAGUGAGAGAAGAGAGAGAAAAAAGCUUGAAAUCUCCAACAAUGGCGACUCCAGCCCCAACACCAGUCCACUCAGUGCAAUGCUUCGGUCGCAAGAAGACCGCCGUUGCAGUAACCUACUGCAAAGAAGGCCGAGGUCUAAUCAAGAUCAACGGCACUCCAAUCGAGCUCGUUCAACCCGAGAUUCUCCGUUACAAGGUCUUCGAACCAAUCCUUCUUCUCGGCCGUCAACGCUUCAAUGGCGUCGAUAUGAGGAUCCGCGUCAAAGGAGGAGGUCACACUUCUCAGAUCUACGCUAUUCGUCAGAGUAUUGCUAAGGCUCUUGUUGCUUACAAUCAGAAGUUUGUCGAUGAACAGACUAAGAAGGAGAUCAAGGAUAUUCUUGUCAGGUAUGAUCGUACUUUGCUUGUUGCUGAUCCUCGUCGUUGUGAGCCCAAGAAGUUUGGUGGUCGUGGUGCUCGUGCUAGGUUCCAGAAGUCUUACCGUUGAAGACCUUCAAUGGCGGAGGAGAGAGAAUACCAGAGCUUCUUCCUUUUUUUUAUUUUUGGUUUGGAAUUUCUACCUAUCAUAUUUCUCUGGUUUUAGGUAAUGUUAUGGAUAAUUUUUAUUAUUAGUGGUUUCCUGAUGAUUUUGAGCUCUCUUUUUCGUUAGUUUAAACCCUAAAUUUUGGAUUAGAAAAGUACUUAAAAGUUUCAAUUAAUCGUCGGAUUUUAUAUUUUCAUCAUUUAUAUUGCAA